AUGGGAGAAGCCACAACAGGCGAGGAUGAGAUCGACUACGACAACCCACCAUUUCCUUUGACGUCCAUCGACCGCGGCCUCUUGGCUAUGAGAGAUGAGGACUUCCACAGAAUCACUUGGGGCGAUCUCAAGCAUAUCAUCGCGAACAACCAACUCGAAGAGCUCAAACGCCUUCCGUCGGACCUUCGCCGCUAUCUGGCCUGGUCUCACAGGAUCAAGCAGCAGUAUGGCGGCAUCACCAACUUUGUGAUCCAGGAGCGUCUGCAGUGGAAGCCCAUAUCAGAAGAAGGCACGCCACUGUUCGAGCACCAUUCCGACAUCCCAUUCGCAGACCCUAGAGACUAUGCUGUCCUAGUCAACGACUGGCCGUAUGGCUUUGAGGAAGGCAUCAUCCAUUUGCUCGUUUGGACCAAGACACGCAUUGCUGUGGAUGACGUGAGAGGCGAUGUUACGCCGGAGAGCAGGGAGUUGAUCGUGAAGUUCGUUGAGCGGUUCUUCGUGGACGAUCUGGAAGGCGGUUGGGGGCAGGUGAUGUGGUUCAAGAACUGGGUGAGCUUGCAGAGCGUAAGGGGAGUUGACCAUGUACAUGUGCUGGUGAGGGAUGUGCCGGACGAGGUGAUGAAGCGGUGGAUGGAGAGGAAGGAUCUUUGA